AUGGAGGGCAAGGUCGGCGGCCUCGCGAGCCAAGCGCUCGCGUUCACCAACAGCAUCUACGUGCACCCGGACGACUUCCGCGCGCUCGUCUCGCGCACGCCACGUGGCGUCACGAGCGUCGAGCAGCUCAAGGCGUCGGGGCUCAACGUCUGGGCCAACAACAAGUACGUCUUUGCGGCGCAGCCGCUCGCCGAGACGCCAAUGGGCACGGUCGGCAUGGGCCAGAUGCACCGCCUGAGCGCCAACCUCGCGAUGGGCCAGUCCGUUGCCCUCACGCCAUGGGUUCCCGACGUAGCACGCGGCUUUGCGAUCGCGACCGUCCACUUUGAAGUGCAGGCGCUGCUCAUGCGCUCCAACAUCGUCGCCGAUUUCGACUGCGAAGCGGUCAAGAGAAUCUUCGAGCAGCAGUACCUCAACCAAGCCUUCUCGCCCGGCCAGUGCAUUGUGAUUGACAUUGGCGGCAAGCCCGUGAAAAUGUGCGUCACCAAGGUCGACCUCCUCACACCGCCCGACGCGCCGCCCGCGCCGACGAGCCUCGCGCCGACCGUCGGCCUUUACGUCGCAGGCAGCGCGCUCGUGUUCUCCAAGGGCAAAGACGCGCCCUUCAAGCUCCUCAACCAGAGCGCAUCAGGUGGCGGCAACCGCAUCUUCAAGCCCGACUUUGACUUCUCCAAGCUCGGUAUCGGCGGUCUCGAUAAGGAGUUCAACGACAUCUUCCGGCGCGCGUUCGCGUCCCGCGUCUUCCCCGCGUCCGUCAUUGAGAAGCUCGGGAUCAAGCACGUGCGGGGCAUGCUCCUCUUCGGCCCGCCGGGCUGCGGCAAGACGCUCAUUGCGCGGCAGAUUGGCAAGGUGCUCAAUGCCAAGGAGCCCAAAGUCGUCAACGGACCCGAGAUCCUCGACAAGUUUGUCGGCGAAUCCGAGCGCAAGAUCCGCGAUCUCUUUGCGGACGCGCGCAAGGAGCAGGACGAGGUCGGCGAAGAGAGCGAGCUGCACAUUAUCAUUUUCGAUGAAAUCGACGCGAUCUGCAAGGCGCGCGGGUCGUCCCGGGACGGCACGGGCGUCGGUGACAGCGUCGUGAACCAGCUCUUGACGCAAAUUGACGGCGUCGACUCGCUCAACAACGUACUCGUCAUUGGCAUGACCAACCGCAAGGACAUGCUGGACGAAGCGCUCAUGCGGCCGGGGCGUCUCGAGGUCCAAGUCGAGAUCAACCUGCCGGACGAGCACGGGCGCGGCCAGAUUCUGAGCAUCCACACGAGCAAGGCGCGGGCGAAUGGCAUUUUGCACCCGGCGCUGCUCGCCGACCUCGACGCCGCACAAAAGAAUUUCUCGGGCGCGGAAAUCGAAGGCCUCGUGCGCGCGGCGACGGCCCACGCACUCUCGCGUGGCACGGACGGCAAGACGUACCACGCGAUCCAGAACUUUACGCCCGAGAUCUCGCUCGCGGAUUUUGAACUCGCCUUGAGCGAAGUCAAACCCAAGUUUGGCGCGCCCCAAGACACGCUCGAGAUGUUUUUCCGCAACGGACUGCUCUCGUACGGCCCUGCGUUUGAUGACGUGCAGGCGACGCUGCGCAAGGUGCUCAACCACGUCAAGACGAACGAGAAGACGUCGCUCAUGAGCGUCCUCUUGCACGGCCAGCCGGGAUCGGGCAAGACGGCGCUCGCGGCCGCGUCGGCGGUCGCGAGCGAGUACCCGCUCGUGCGGCUCGUGAAAGUGGCCGACUUGAUUGGCCGCCAAGAGCUCGCGAAAAGCAGCUACCUCUACACGCUCUUUGAAGAGGCGUACCGGUCGCCACUGAGUCUCAUUAUCAUUGACGACAUGGAGCGCCUCAUGGAAUACGUCGCGAGCGGGCCGCGUUUCUCCAACUCGAUGCUGCAGACGCUGCUGGUGAUGAUCAAGAACCCGGUGCCCGUGCCCGGCCGGAAGCUCGUCGUUGUCGGAAUCACCUCGGCGUACGACGAGAUGGCGAGCUUGGGCCUGGCGUCCGUCUUUGACGUGAGCGUCCUCGUGCCGCAGCUCGAAGCGCCGGACCAAUUCGACGCGGUCCUCGCCGGCGCGGGUCUCCCCAUGUCGGCCAGCACUCGGUCGCAGAUCGCCUUGUACCUGAGCCAGACGACGCCGAUGGGCGUCAAGAAGCUGCUCGCGAUCACCGAAAUGGCGCGCCAAGACAUGCUGGACGACGGCGCCGAGACGGAAAUCACGUACGACCGCUUCAUCGACUGCGUGUACCAGCUCCGCCUCCAUUCGCGCCAGUAA